AUGUUGAGGGAGAGUUUAGAUCUGAAACCUUUUCCUUCUUCUCAUUAUAUGUUAAGUGAAUGGAAACGAUCUGAUGACUUUAUCAGUAUCAUACAAAAUUUAGUUCACACGAAUAUUUUACGCAGGGAAUAUUUGGGAUCAUUACCCAAAACACAAUUAAAUUAUCCCAAUAAUGAAGCUAAUUAA